GGUUCGAAUUCGAGUUUCCGCUCCCAAUUAUUUUCCUGCGUUUUCUCUUAUUUUCAAUUUCUCCAAAUUUUCAUACAAUCAAUUUCUCCACUCGUUGAAUAUCAACACUUGUUUUUCUUCGAAUUUCAACUCUACAACAAAAUCCUAUUCAAUAAUUUUCAAAACCCUAGUUCAUUCCAUGGCAUCGAAAAAGAAGCAAUCGGAAGGAAUCGCUUUAUUAUCCAUGUACAACGAUAACAGUGACGACGAAAUGGAAGACGCCGAAGAAGAAGAAGAAGAGAACGUGAUGCGCGAAGAGGAGCAAGAUGAGGCCGCUGAACAAGUGGCGGAGGAAGAUUUGGCAGCCGAUACGGAUAGAAUGACGGUUGCUGAUUCCGGCAACGAGGUAGCCGGUGAUGGUUUUACUCCGACAGAGAGGAGUUGGACGCCAUUGCAGGAGCAACUAAAGGUUGAAUUGAGGAGCAGUAGAAGUGCUACGCUUACGAUAAUUGAUUAUGGUCACGAUGAAGUAGCAAUGUCACCUGAACCUGAGGAUGGAGAGAUAGAUGGUAGUGGUAGAGUCAUGUUUGGGGAUCAACUUCACGUAACCAAUGGUGAUUUGUUGGAUAGAACAUCAUCGGGAACAGUCCAAGUUUUGACACCUAAUAAUCAAGCUAACACUCCCCAAUUUUCCGAGACAUUGAAAUCUGAUGCCUUGUAUAAUGACGACAUGAUUAGGCCUGAUGAUGCAGAGGUUGAAGGAGAAGCAGAUCAUGAUGAGGAUAAACCUGUAGAUCCAUUGGAUAAAUUUCUUCCUCCUCCACCCAAAGUUAAAUGCUCAGAAGAGCUACAAAGAAAAAUAAAUAAAUUUCUGGAGUAUAAGAAAGCUGGAAAAAGUUUUAAUGCAGAAGUUCGCAACAGGAAGGACUAUCGAAACCCUGACUUUUUACUGCAUGCUGUAAGGUACCAGGAUAUUGAUCAAAUAGGGUCUUGCUUCAGUAAAGAUGUAUUUGACCCUCAUGGAUAUGAUUCAAGUGACUUCUAUGAUCAAAUAGUUUCAGACAUAAUGAGUGACAUGUGGAGGAACCUAGAUGUUGGAGUAUCAUAUAAAAGGGCAUUGAGAGCAAAAGCAAGAGCAAGUGAGAUUGUUGAAGAAAAUGGUGCAAAACAGUACACACUGUUAUGGAGGUAUGCAGCUGAACUUAAGAAGCAUUCUAAAGGUAACACGACAGAAAUAAGUGUUCAGAGGAUAGCCCCUACCAUCAAACCUAGAUUUGGAAGCUUUUAUUUUAGCUUUGACGGAUGCAAGAAAGGGUUUAUGGCUAGCUGCAGACCUUUUAUUGGUCUGGAAGGAUGUAAUUUGAAAACAAAGUUUGGCGGACACCUUCUGAUUGCAGCUGGAAGAGAUGCUAAUGAUCAAUAUUAUCCAUUAGCAUUUGCGGUUGUUGAAAAUGAAACACAAGAAUCAUGGAGAUGGUUUGUAACCUUACUACUAGAAGAUAUUGGAGCUGACAAGAGAUUGGUAUUUAUUUCUGAUCAACAGCAAGGUUUAAUACCUGCUUUUGAAGACAUGUCCGACAGAGUGGAGCAUAGGCUGUGUUUGAGGUCCUUGUACGAUAAUUUCAAAAAGAGGUUUAAAGGAGGUGAAGUAAUCAGGGAUUUGAUAAUGGGAGCAGCCAAGGCAACCUACCAACAAGAAUGGGAGAAGAAAAUGAAUGAACUCAAGUCUUUGGACAAAAAAGCAUGGGAGUGGCUAAGUGCACAUGAUCCAAAAUUAUGGUGUAAGCAUGCUUUCAGUUUCUAUGCUAAAUGUGAUGUUGUUAUGAAUAGAAUAUGUGAAGCUUUUGAUGCAACAAUGUUGGUAGCUACAGACAAACCAAUAGUAACAAUGUGUGAAUGGGUAAGAAAAUACAUCAUGAAUAGGAUUGCAAGCAUUAAAUAUGAACUCCGGCUUGGUAGUUGGAACAAUAGGAUCAUGCCAAUGCCAAUGAAGAGGCUGAACAGAGAAAUCGCAUUAAGUGCGGGAUGGUUGCCAAUAUGGUCUGAUGAUGAUAAAUGUGAGGUUGAAAAAAUUGGGGGAGGUAAUUCAUUUGUUGUGGACCUUGCCAACAGGACCUGUUCCUGCAAUUUUUGGGAGCUGGUUGGAAUUCCAUGCAGACAUGUUGUGGCUGCAAUGACGAGAAGAUCGCAGACACCUCAAGAUUAUGUAGAUUAUUAUUAUUCCAGAGAUGCUUAUGAGAAAUGCUAUAGUUUUAGUGUGACUCCAAUCAAUGGUGAAGAAAUGUGGCCAUGUGUAAAACAUGAGGAAAUGUUACCACCAAGUUGCAACAUAGGUCCAGAGAGACCAAAGAAGCGAAAAAAGGUUAGCCGAAGAGUGCCCGACGAAGUCAGAGUCUAUGUUGAUAGGCCUUCAACAUAUAAAUGCAAAGCUUGUGGAAUACGAGGUCACAAUGCCAAAGGUUGCAGAAAUACUACAAAAGACCCGCUAGCUCCACCAGGGAAGAGGAAAUCAUCUGAAGAGGGAGGUGCACAUGCUUCAUUACAAAACACUUCUACUGCAGCAGAUCAAAGCACUUCAUCUGCACAAGUUGAAACAACUGCAGCUGCACCAAUCCAAACCACUACCUCUACACCAGUGAAUGUCGGAGUACAUCGUGUGAACAAAAAAGCAAGGAUUACACAACCAAUAACAAUCCCACAUUCUGCUACAUCAGAAUCUACUCAAAAUCACAAUCCGACAACCGCUUCUGCAACGGCUUCAAAAUCUCGCAGAAAACAGAUAAAUAUUGAUUGCAGGCAGCUGAGGAGGAGCGGCAGGAUUUGCCGAGGCAAUCCAGUUCAAGUUGAUCGGGUUGAACCGGAACCAGAUGUUGAAAUUCAACAAGUAAAUGCCGGCACGUCGAAUUUGAAAGGUCCUUCUGCAACGGCUUCGAAAUGUCGCAUAAAACAGAAAAAUGUUGAUUGCAGCCAGCUGAGGAGGAGCGAAAGGCUUUGCCGAGACAAUCCGUUUCCGGUGGAUCGGCUUGAACCCGAACCACAUGUUGAGAUUCAAAUUGAUCACGCUGACACGUCUAAUUUGAAAGGUCCUUCUGCAACGGCUUCGAAAUGUCGCAUAAAAAAGAAAAAUGUUGAUUGCAGCCAGCUGAGGAGGAGCGGCAGGCUUUGCCGAGACAAUCCAGUUGCGGUGGAUCAUGUUGAACCUCAACCACAUGUUGAAAUUCAGAUUGAUGACGUCGAAACAUCAAACUUGAAAUCUCCAUCUAAGGUAAAAGCCACGGCAUCUUCAAAAGGUUCGAAAUCUAAAAAACCGGUCAAAAAACUUGAUUUCACAAAGCUGAGAAGGAGCGGCAGGACAUUCUAUUCCGGUCCAAAGCUAAAACUUGGUGCACCGGGGACAUUGAAAGACAAUCCAAUUACCAUCGAUGACAUUGAAGAAGGAGAUGGUGAAAUUAAUACGGAUGAUGUCGACAAACGAGGUGCCGAUUUAACUCGAGAGUUUCAUGAUUUGACUCAACAACAGUUUUAUGAUCCAAGAGUUGGAAUAUGUUUAGCAGCAAUGAGAAAAUGGCCAUGAGAAAGUUACCCUGAUAAUGUAAUAUUGAUGUUUUAGUUAAUAUUGAUGUUUUAGUUGAGUAGUUGUAUCAUUGUUGCGUUAUUUUGAUUGUAUUGAACUAGUUAGUGCAUCUGUUGGUUAAACAAUUUAUCAUUUGGAUGCUUACCACUGAUAUGUUUGUUUUGAAUGCUACAUUUGUAGUACUUUCGUGUCCUUAUUUUGUCAAAUACUAUGAUCAAGUGUUAUGUCAA